AUGCCAGCCUCUGCUUCUAAAUCAACAGGCCCUGGCCUAGAAUACAAGUCAUACUGUGAAGACAUUGACUUCAAGGCCGAAGGGAAGCAAGAGCCUAACAGUCGCUCCCAGACUGUGGUCUACCAUAGACACAACAGGAAAUGGGCAGAUAAAAUCAAAACGCGACGACGCAAUGAAUUCCAAGACUUUAUCACGAUACUCGAUUUCCAAUCCCAGGCUCUUCUGGAUAAUACUGUGACUGAACUUAUUUUGGAAGAGAGUACUAAAGCCACUGCGGCUAUCAAGGUCCAUGAUGAUCCGGAAAAUACAAAUCGGGUUAUGGAGUUCAAGAACCUACAAGUCUCUCUUCGGGAGGAUCCACUGAGAGUCAUCUACCCACCCACCUGUCAAUUUCCGACUUUCCGAACCAUAAGACUUGCAGAAUUGGUUCAGGAAUAUGAGAUAGCCGAUGGGGUCUUCCGCGUUUUACACAAGGGCAACGAUAAAUCAUAUGUUCUCAAGAUGGUCAACCGUCCUUCUUACCAACCACUAGAUUCAGACGUUAUACGACAGGAAUUAGAGAACCUCGAACAAUUCAAAAGUAUUGCAGGGAUAGUUCAGCCAGCAGGCGCUGCGGUGCUUCCCAACCCAUACAUGACCGACCCGCAAAGUAGCGACCCACAGAUUGUUAUCAGCGGUAUUCUGUUGGAGUACUACAGUGGUGGUACCUUGCAACAUGUCCUGAAAGAGCGACGGGUCAGGGAAUUUUGUUGGGAGCAAUGGGCUGUUCAAAUUGGCAAUGCUUUGGACACCAUUCAUUGGGAAAAGAAGACUCUUAUGGACUUAAAGCCUUCAAACGUCGUCUUGGACGAGCAGGGUAAUGCGGUGCUUAUUGAUAUCAGCGGUAUCGGCGGAGUAACGUAUGAAUGGCGGGCUCCAGAGAUACAGGAUGAGAUAUCGCCUUUUGACCUUCCCUUCCAAGCUCGUCGAUGGAAUGAUGUUUGGGCUUACGGAGCGAUUAUAAAGCAACUUGCAUCGCAGGUCGAGGACUGUCCUUUUGGGAGGACUCUCAAGAUGGUUGCAGAUCAUUUGACCAAAGAUAUUCACACUAAGUGGACUCUAUCUGAAGCAAUCUCUCAGUUGGAAGCAUCGGUAAGUUAA